CCUGGAAGAUUGACAGCCCCUCGUUCAGUAACGGAAUCGAGAGCUUCCGUUGUUGAGCGAAGCCUGCGUUAAAAAAAGAAAUAAUUCCCUGCUUUGAAAGUGUCCACGAAGAACGCCCACUCUGGAUUUUACACGGACCUACAGGGUAUGAACGUGGAGUGGACGCUUCAAACAAAGUGUAAGAGGAGGUAGACCUGUACGUUUGAUGGCUGCUGGGGAUGGAGCCCAGCUGCCUGCCACAGUAGCGGCCAGUCGUAGCGUGGAAAAAGCGCUCGAGGAGGCUGCCACGAGCGGGGCUCUCAACUUGUCAAACCGUAAACUGAAGGAGUUUCCUCGGAGCGCCAAGAACUAUGACCUGUCCGACAUAACACACGCAGAUCUGUCGAAGAACCGCCUGUGCGAGCUGCCAGAGGAGCUGUGUCAGUUCAUCUCCCUGGAGACACUGAGCCUGUACCACAAUGGGAUGCGGUCCCUGUCCUCCAGCCUCAGCAACCUGCAGGCUCUCACCUACCUCAACCUCAGUCGUAAUCUCCUGUCCAGUUUACAGCCUUCGGUGUUUCAGCUCCCCCUCCUUCGAGUGCUCAUCAUCAGUAACAACAAGCUGUCUUCACUGCCCGCCUCCAUAUACUCCCUCACACAACUCAGACAGCUGGAUGUAAGCUGUAAUGAACUUCAGCGUCUGCCAGCAGAGCUCGGGCAGUUGGAGUGUUUGAGAGACUUGAACCUAAGAAGGAAUCGGCUCACCACGUUGCCUGAAGAAAUAUCCGAGCUGCCCCUCGUUAGGCUCGAUGUCUCCUGCAACCGAGUUUCCCAUCUGCCUUUGUGCUACCGUCACCUCAGGCAUCUGCAAAGCAUCUCACUGGAUAGCAAUCCACUGCAGAUGCCACCAGCGCAGAUCUGCUCCAAGGGCAAAUACCACAUCUUCAAGUACCUCAACAUGGAGGCCUGUAAGAGGAGCCAAGAAGAGCUGGAGAAACACCUGAGACCCACUGGAUUUAACAGCUGUCUGUCAGACCAGGAACUGUUUCCAGGUCAGUUAGGAGGGCUCGACUCUGGCUUCAACAGCGUUGACAGCGGCAGCAAAAGAUGGUCUGGGAACGAGUCUGCUGAUGACUUCUCAGAGCGCUCCCUCCGCAUGGCUGAGGUCAACAGAGACCAAAGUAACCUGGAGGAGGAAGAAGAGGAAUCUAACAGAGUGAAUGGAAAUGCUGAGCAGGUCGACUUCAUUGACAGCAGUGUGACAGAGGAAGAGGACGACAUCAGGACCAAUACAUCCACGCCUCCUUCGGAUCAGAAGGACAGAUCGUCACCGUUGCAAUCCCAGGAGUCAACAACAUCCAGAUCGAGCCUCCACAUCGAGCUGGGCUCUUCAUCUUCAGCCUCCUCGUCUCCUCUGUCCCCCUCCAGCCCCUCCCUAGAGGAGCGAAGGAGACCUGGUACCUUGUUCAUCUGGCAGGAGAGAGAACGGCUUCAGCAGCAGCAAAAGGAGAAAGCAAGUUCGCUGAAGUUCUCCACCAAAACAGGAAGUCAUGUGGCCACUGCGCAGCAGAUGGGAAGUAGUUCAUGUGGUGCAUCACCAGAAAACAGCAAAGCAGAGAAUGGCACAUCUGGCCUGCGACACAGAUGUGCAAGUGCUGACCAAAUGAGCACAGGCUCUCCUUCAGUCUCUCUGCAGCGAUCGAGCAGCAAGACAGAUGUCCCGUCCUCCCCCAAGACGUCCCCUCCUCCUGGUCAGGCCCAGAAACCCAGCAGCUUCCUGUUUCGGACGUCCUCUCACAGCAGCGUCAAACCCACAGGCGCCAUCUUUUCUCUUGGGGAGUCUGGCAGAAGCGAGUCUCGCACGACGCUGCGCUUGCCUAAAGAGGAAAGAUCGGACAUCACUCAGCUACGCAAGACUCUAGAGUCCCGGCUGAAGAUCACUCUACCAGAGGAUCUGGGUGAAGCUCUGGCCAAUGGCACCAUCCUCUGCCAGCUGGUGAAUCACAUCCGCCCACGCUCCGUGUCCAUCAUCCACAUUCCUUCUCCAGCAGUGCCCAAACUGAGCCUGGCAAAGUGUCGACUCAACGUGGAAAACUUCGUGGCCGCCUGUCGCCGGCUGGGAGUCCCCGAGACUGAAGUGUGUGUGUGCUCUGAUGUGCUUCUGUGUAAGCUGCCCAAUGUGCUGCGCUGUGUGACAGCCCUGCUGGCCGUGGAGGGGGGGGAGAAGGACCGGUCCCGCCUCCACUCCUCGCCCGAGGCUUCGUCGUCCUCCACCUCGCUGCUGUCCGCAGACUUCUUGCUCUUCUACUGUGCAGCCAUGGCGCUGCUCUACGUCCUCUACUGCUACCUGCUCCCUUAAAGCAACGACAUGUGACACGGAGUACGUUCGCCAUAGCAACAGGCUGUUAGCAUAGAAAACAAACACACAGAAGAGUCACAGCAGUGUUUGUGCUCAUGUUGUAAGACCUGUAAGUGUGCAGAAGCGCUCCGUGAUGAUUGUCUGUCUGCUGUGUCACAGCUUCCUGCACCAUCACCAACCAUCUCCUGGAAGUUCAUUUAAACCUGGGUCGCACCAUUAGUGACAAAUGAAAGGUAACUGCUAUUUGUCCUGAUGACACUGGGUAUACUGGUGAAAGUCUGAGGGAAACAGAGCCCAGCUGUUCUGUGUAUUUGAAAUCUCAGGUUAACCAAGUGGCUUAUUAGACAUGCAGGAGGAUGUUCCAGCUCACAGAGAGAAGCUGUGACCAUCAACAAAGUCUCACUGUGUGUAUUUGUGUUGUUGGGCUCGACGCUUUGCAUGAUUCACAGUUCCUGAUGUUUCCUACGUUGGCCCGUGUUGCAGGCCUCUCCCCUCCAGAUAAUCCUCGCUCUUAGCCAGUCUGUCUGAUUAGCUGUACCUGACAGGUGGGCGGGGCCUCUGUGUCUGACACACCCAUCUAAGGGAUCUCUGCUUUCGCUGACCUCGUGAGGAGCUCAUAGAGAGCGUCUGCGCCUCAUUAUUUAAUACAAGAAUACACAAAAUAAAGGAUAAUGUUUCCGUUUUAAGAGUUCACGUUGUGAUGUUUCCUGAUGUGAGCGAGUGAAACAUGCCUGCGCUUCAGCAGGGGGCGCCGUUACUGCCUCAGACCUGAGCUUCAAACCCCUCCAGGACGCUCUCUGUGUCAGCUCCAUUACUGUCAAUGGUCUGUUUGACCAAUCAGGGUUAACCCUGACUCUAACCUUCUGUCUGUAUAAAUGUAAACAGGUCAUUAAAUUAUUGCUUUAUUUAUUUUGUUCUAUGUUUGGUUGUCUCGGUGGAACAAGUCCAACAUCUUAGCCGGUAGUUUAAAAACUUUGUGAGAUUAGUGUGUGCACUUUAAGUCACUCUAACAGGUCAAUUAGAUGUAUCCAGGUAAAAUAACCCUGUUACAAAGUUUCCUUUGGAGAUUCACGGAUGUGAUUGGCUCAGCGUGGAAACCUUUGCUGUUUCAGGGCCAGUGUGCACAACCAACAUGACAGACACUCGUUACUGCAGCUGUUUAACCCACGCAGGACGAGAGAUUUGGGAGAGUCAGGCUACUGUGAGAGCAUUCAGUGUUUGAGCAAAUAUUCAAACAUCUGAAACUCGGAGUGUAAGCGAUAGUAUUUCACUGGGAGAAAUAGGAAAUGAAAACGGUUUCCUUUGAGCGUCAUACACGUCGUCACUUCAACUUCCUUAAAAAAGUUGAUGUGCUUCCUUUCAUGUGAGGAGCCCUGAUUAAAAUGUAACAACUCUGGGCUUUCUUUAUGUUAAAGUCCAGCUGUCCCAUUGCUGACUUUAUUAUUUCUAUAACUUUCUGUUUGGCUUUGCAGCAGUUUCCUUGCUGAGUGAGUGAGUGUGUACAUCACCUCAGACCUUCUCGUCUUCCACUUUAAGGAACUCUAUGAGGAGCCGGUUUAGCCCGUCAGCGUGGUGUAAACUUCCUGUGAUGUCACUCUGCUGAGACACAGUUUGUUUAUUCACGAUGAGUUUAGCACUGCUGUUAGACGUAACAGCAACUAACUGAAUCAGCCCGCUAACUAAAAUGUGACGACAUUCAUGUAAAAACCAUUGAUUUAAAGAUAAUGGCUGUUUUUUAAAAACUAUUCAUUUCCAUCACUGUUGUUGUUGUGGGACUAAACCUAGACGCUGCAGUCUGGCUUUUGACUUCAGGGCCACUUUACCUAAAGGCUGCUUCAGUCUAUCAGCUGUAUUUUGUGGGCCAGCUGAUUCGAUCAGUUUAUAUAAAUAGCACCAAAUAUGAAGCGACAGUAGUUGCCUCGAGACUUUAAGCUGAUGAGAUGAGUGAGCAGCGCCUUCCUGUUACACGUGUCUUUUGUUUCAUGUGAACUUUGGUUAUCCCAGACUUACAUGGGUCCACUUGUAAUUCUUUAUGUAAAUAGAUUAUGGGCUCAUUUACAUGUAACACACUGCGUUCAUCAUUAUCUCGAUUAUUUAAUGUGAAGCACUCGGUACCUGAAUCAGAAGCUAUUGUAAAUUUAGUUCUGUAACAAACGUCUAAACAAACAGGAAGUCUGCACAUUUGUGUGUGAGCACUUAUUACUGUGCUGCUUGGCAGAACGGCUGUUUCCCCUUAAAUGUGCCACAUUUGUGAGGAAAUAACAGGAAAAACUUGCCAGACCUUCUCUGCUGAUGCCAAACAGCUUAUUCUGCUUAUUGGAUUGGAUGAUUGAAACAAGACUUAUCGGCCUGUGGAAGAACCGUACGCAGGUACAGCAGCCUGGCACCUGGGUUCAUGCCGGUCACACACUGCUGCUGGACGACCUCUGACCAGCGUGUGUCACAAGUCAGCCGGUGUGAUUGUGUUGGUUAGUCUGGGACAAACAGGCUGAUCCUAGAAGUGUUCGAUGGGACUGAGGUCCCAUCGUUAUGUCACCUCCACACUGACCCGUUCAGGCUCCAGUCAGCACCUGACUGUCAGCACCACAUGGUCAGCGUAAGCGUGUCAGAACAGGCUGCUUGGUGCUGACAGAGAAGCUGUGGCAGGUUUUCAUGGUGAAGGACGCGCUGUGUAAGGACAGACGCCUCGUUACAACAAACAAACAGCGUUUCCUUACUUUCUGUUUAAGGUUUAUUUAACAAUUCUCACUUUCUGGAGUUCCUGUUUCAACAAGUUCUUCUGAAGGAAAUUUUAUUGUAUUUAUUGUUUUAUGGUGUUUAAAUUUCUAUUUUUUUUAGCGGUUACAGACCAAUGACCGAGCAAAAUAAAGGACACAAGUGUUGCUUUAUUUCAGUUUAGACAUGAUAUAUGAAGUAGGUGCAAAUGAUAGUUGUAGAAGCUGAGCUCCGUUUGCUCUGCUCCGCCCCCUCAGUGUGAGUACAGUGGCAUUGAUUGGCUCUGGUGUGAGGACACUGUUUUAUAUUGAUUUAGAUUUUUGUCCAUUGUAAAACCAAAAUAACUGCUUCUUCUAUCUGACAGUUUUAUGAACUCUGCUGUUGUUUCAGCUCAGAUGUAUAUUUUUGUAGGUCAAACUGGACGAACACUAACUGAUAAAAUACACAAUGAUGCAGACAUAUUCUUGAAUGUUAGUCCAAAUGCAUUUGUAUCGUAUAUUUCUACACCUUUUACUAACGAGGAUGAUUUUUGACUCUAUCUGUUGUAAUUAAAUGAUUUCAAAUGAACUUGUUGGUGCUUGUCUGCUGUGUUUGCUUUGCUGCUGUUGUGUCUUCCUGCAGCUUCAGUGUCUCAUUGUCUGAAGCUUACAUGCGUCCACCUCGCCUCCUGAAAUUGUCUCAUCUGUCCUCAUUUUCGACCCGUCACGUGUGAGUUGUGACCAACCAUCAAACUAAUAUGAAAACUGCUAAUGAGUCUGAAACCUCUCGGUUCAGUUUUUUCUGUUAGAAAAACAAAAACCUUUCAGAGUUUCUGUAAUACAGUGACAGCAGCAUCUGUAUUUCAAACCCAUUUAAACACCUGCAUUAGUCCUGAGGCAGCUCGUGCUCACGCAGGUUGGAGGUGAGGAGAUUUAUACUGACGUUCAUUUAAACUGUUCCCUUUUUUCCUUUUGUGAGGCUCAUCGUUGGGCUUUAAAUGUGGAGUCAGAGGUAAACCAUUGGCUCUGUAUCGGUUCCAAGUUUCUCCAAUGAGACAGGAGCUCGGAUGGAAACACACCGUGAUGUUCGGUCACUGCAACGUGUUAAAAGCUGACUGCUGGUGAUUAAGCCGACUGGACUUGGCUUCUACAACAUGGAGAAUAACUUUUAAGUGUGUCCAUGUUUUUCUCAUUAAUAUAUUUAAUGUUGGUAACAAGCCAAGUAUUCAACACAUACAAAGUAAAAGUGGAAAGAAGUACAGACCACACUUGCUAAAAUGUGUUUAAUAUUUAGUAGACGACAGUAGUGACAGCUUGAACGAGCCUCCUGCACUGAGGAACAUUGCUCAGGUGUGAUCUUGGCCCUCUGUGGUUCCAGAGCGUCUCUCUGAACUUGGAUAUCAGUGUUUUCUAUCGAUUGGAUUCGAGUUGGGUGAUUGGCUGGGAUCUAUUUUCUUUCCUUGGCCGUGCAUUUGGGAUCACUGUCUUGCUGAAACGUCCACGUCUGCCAUCGUCGUCUCCCACAUGCUGAGCAACAGCCCUACACCUCCAAACUUCACUGAUAUUUCGCUGCUUUUAGGGUGACGUGCAGUGACAUCCAAAGAUUUACAUUUUGCUCUCUGACCACGCUGAAUGAUAACAGUUCACUGAUUUGUCUGAAUGUUACUUUGAGCAGACUACAAUCUCACACACACACACACACACCAGGUAAGUACACACAGUCAAAAUGCAUCAUCUUCAGUAAAGAAUACGUCAGUAAAAGUCAUGCUCUGAUAUUCAGGGAAACAUUUGCACUGUGAUGUAACUGCAUCCUCUCAUUAAGUGACGGGACUCUGGAUUGUCGCCCUCCUUAGUUUUGUCUCAUUAGCAAAGUUUUUCAAAUCUGAUCAAACCACACUUAGAAAUAUGCACCAUUAUCAAAGUUAUAAAGCUGGACAUAUCCUGUUACUUUUAUAUUAAUAAGUGACUGCUUACUGAUGAAUGUGUAGAAGUGUAUGUUUCUUACUUGGAUCUACUUCCUGCUCU